CCAAUAGAAAUUCGAGACAACAGAAUGAGUGAAGAAAAAGAACCACUUAUCCCCAGCAACGAGGGGCCCUGUUCAUGGCCCACAGGAGGGCGGUUGUUCAAAGUAAACGUGAAUGGAGUAAUUAUAACGAGGUGGAUGCAGCUGGACAAUGAUGUUGCACUUUUGCAUCAAGCAGUUCAAUCUUGCUACGACCGACAGACUGGAUCACAAGUAAGAAUAGGUAAACUGUACUCGGAAAGUAAGAAUACUGAUCUAUCUCCAGACAAACAGCUGUCUUUCUACUUUGCCAACGCUGACAAAGAUGACAUAGAACUACGUGCACGUGCCGCAGACGCAAGACAACUGUUGUCAACUGAGAACCAAUUUUCUUCCUCAUCGUCCAGUGAAGAAAUUCAUGAACUAGACAACACUCGGCCAGAUUCCAACACUCCGCGAGAUUCCACCAACACUUUGCGAAGAACUCCAGAUUCUGAUCUCUAUAUGAAUGGUGAAUACGAAGAUAAGCAAAUUGCAAUGAAUCAACGCAUGUUCUACUUGAUUUCCCUUUUGUCCUUUCUCUGGAAUCCUGUAAAAAAGGAAGAGUUAGACAAAGGGAAUCCUACAAAAAAGGAAGAGUUAGGCAAACGGAAUCCUGCAAAAAAAGAAGAGGUAGACAAAGGGAAUCCUGCAAAAAAGGAAGAGUUCGACAAAUGUGUCUUUUGGAGGCAAAUUUUAGGACAAUUAGCAUUCUUCUUGUUAGCUGUGUUCUACAUCUUCUACAUCGUCUACUGCCCAUUUCUAGGAAAACACGGAUUCGCAUUCUCUCUGGGAAAUCCUCCUGGACUGAGUCACGUCUAUUUCAUUGUGCAAGGUAUAAGAUACUUAGUGUUCUACGUGCUGGGAAUGUGGGAAUGUUACAAGGGUAAUAUUCACUUUGUCAUCAAAGAAUGUUCAACCCAAGUAGUCGGAAAUGACCAGUCUGAAUGGAAUACAAUCAGUCGAUACAUGACCUAUACAGCUGUAGUCAGCAUUGUGUUUAUUAUGCUACCAGGAGUCUUCAUUAUCCCAGCAUUAGCUUCAAUGCAACAGUGUAAUCAUCAUUUGUAUAACGACACACUUGGUCUGCUCAACAGCACAGUUCCAGUUGAAGUAGGAGGGUACAUUCUAUUUAACAUGAUCUCACUGCCUCUCUUCUUAACAAUAUUAUUCAUUGUGAAACUCCAUGAGACUGAACUAAAAGCAUUCUCAAAUUGCAUAUCUACAAGAAAACUUGAAAAAGAAGAGCGUGACACUUCAGUUCAAAUGUUCAAAAAAAUUCAAAGCACUUUGCAUCAAUCAUCAAAAAACCAGCGUGGCAUUUUGUCGGUGUACUAUUUUACCAUGUUACUGUGGCUCAAUGUUUGUGUUUGGUUAGUAGUACACAAAUGGGUCGCUUUCCAUUACUGGCUAAAAUCUCCAUUAAAUAAAAUUGACACUUGCUGGAUUCCUCCAGAAGCAACUCGAUACACUACAAUAUUUGUCACUCAACUAGUCUGGUUCUAUGUUUAUCCUCUCUACUGUGUUUCCAAACUGCCAAGACUGCAGAAGAAGCUGGUAGUUGAAAUAUCACGAAUCAACUAUGAACGUCGAGCUGAAAAAAGUCUCAUGGUCAGAGAAUACAGAACAUGGCAUCGACUUGUGACUAUUGUUUCAAUUGAUUUGGAUCAUGAGCCUCGAUUCACAGUGUUCUGGUGUCUACCCAUAUCUGUCUUUACCACAGUGUUGCUUGUCUGCAUCACACCUGUCCUGCCAAUAGUGUGGAAAGUGGUUACGAAUAAUCCAUAAACUAUCUGAGCUCAUUUUCUAGACCAUUUGUUAUCUAGACAAUGCAUUUUUCUACAUUAUUAUUAACGCUAUGCUACUGUAUUUGUCAUAUGUGGAAUAUUGUAUAAUGUUACAUUUAAAUUAUCUAAACUGAAACAAUAUAUUUUUCAUAACCAAUCUUCAUUAAACUUAAGU